ACAGCUCGUCUUCAUCAGGAAGUGGAAGGAAAAAAAUCUCGUACCCUUGUGGGUGAUCACCUCCCGAGCACAGCAGGGAGAGUGGGGGUGUGCUAAUGUCUGGGGUACCGCAGCUGGUUCUAAUCAACCGCAUUCCAAGCAAGGACGAAUCCCAAACUACUGCGGUGAUGUACAUACACUUUCGUUAUGAAAUACUUCUAACUAAGGCAAAAGUGACGAUGACUCUACAGUGUCUGCUUCUGCUUUGUACAAUUCAAACGAUACACUGUUCUGCAGCAUCACGCCUAUUUCAAAUGUUUUGGCAGGAAGUGUGCUUUGUAGGCGUAUGGGAAAAAUAAAAUCUGUUAGAUGGCUCCAGUAGUUAUGCAAAACAAAUCUAAACUCACCUCUUCCAAGUCAGAUUACACGUCGACUUAACUGGAACUUCAGGAGAGGAUUUCAAUAUACAGUACAAUAAUUGCAUUGUAAUAAUUUCCUAUCUGACCUGUGGAUUUUGUGGUGAGCCCUGGAAUUGUUGACAUAACAAAACCAAUCAAAACCCCCAGAACAGUCCAUGACAAUGAGACCCAGCCUGCUCCUGUGUUCCUGCCUGUGGGCCCUGGCUUGCGCUGGGCUGGUGCUGAGCCUGGAUGAGGGCUGCCUCCUGAUUAGCGAGGUGAACGCUGACAACCCUGGGCUGGAUACCACAGAGUUUGUGGAGCUGCACCACAGCAGUGGGCAGAGGGCCAGCCUGGAGGGGUACACCCUGGUCUUCUACAAUGGCAAUGGCAACAUGGCCUACAAGGUGUUAAACCUGACGGGUCACGUGACUGAGGACAGUGGCUACUUCCUAGUGGGCUCUGCCUCGGUGUCCCCUCGUCCAGCUAUCAUCCUGCCAGCCAAUAGUAUCCAGAAUGGGCUGGAUGGCAUUGCUCUGUACCAUGGGGAGAAUGGUUACAGCGUAGGCAUGAAAGUAACAGCAACAGGCCUGGUAGACGCCAUUGUGUACAAAUCUCGACCUUCAGACAGUUCCAGAGUCCUGGAGGAGGUCCUAACGCCUGGCAAGCCAUGCUUUCUAGAAGAUGGGUCUUUCCAGCUAGGAGAUGAGUCCAUCGAGCGUUGCUGGCUCUCCAGGUCUAACUGGACAUUCCAGGCUGGCACUCCCUCCCCUGGCCGCACAAAUCCCUGCACCAGUCCAAGUAUAAACUCCCCUGUCCAGAUCAGCGAGCUCCGGCUGGGGGAAGGGGUCUUCCUGGAGCUCAGUAUGCCCCAGCCUGCUCCAACCUCCACCCCCCUCGCUCUGGUGCUUCUAGAUGGUGUGACGGCAACCGUGAGCUUCAGCUUGGACAUCCAGAUACAGGAUUCUACCAGCUUGGGCCUCUUCCUUAUCGCACCAGUCAGGGGAAAUGUAUCAGCCUCCCAGGUGCUGCCCCCUGAGGGUGCUUCUCUCCUCCAGCAGUCGGGUGCGCUGGCAGGCGCAGUGGUGCUGUACGCUGGGGGGGUGGCUGAUUAUCCUACAGGGAGCCCCAUUAGCCAGGACCAGCCAAUCGACGCCCUCGUUUACACAGGAGGGGGGGUGCUGAACCCUAAUCUCACACAGACCCUGAUCCCUGGCAGAGAGCCUUUCCUUCUCAGCAGCAGGUUGCAGGAAGGGGGUGUAUCACUGAGCCGCUGUGGGGCGGCCAAAUGGAGCAGGGACCCCGGGGUCUUCAUAGGGGGUCAUCCCACCCCGGGGCAGGCUAAUGAGUGCCUGGGGCUGGGGCUGUGUCCUUACACUCUGGUAGUUCAGGGCAGCACCAUCAUCCCUCCUGUUGACCCCUCGGGUCAUGGUGAGUUCCUGUUGAGUGAGGUGAAUGCAGAUAGCCCUGGCGCACGAGAGGACUACGAGUUCAUUGAGAUUUGGCAUACCUCGGGCCAACAAGCCAGUCUGGAUGGGGUCUGGCUGCUCCUCUUUAAUGGCUUUGACAACAAGGCCUACCAGCAGAUGGACCUCACCGGCCACCGCACUGACCCACAAGGCUUCUUCCUGGUGGGAAGCUCCGGAGUGACCCCGCGGCCCUCCAUUGUGCUGCCCCCAAACACAGUGCAGAAUGGCCCAGACGCUGUGGCCCUGUACCGCAGCCCCCAGGGGCCCCCCUUCACGCAAGGGGGUUCAAUUCCCACGGAGGGGCUGCUGGAUGCUGUGGUGUACCGCUCAAGGGGUUCUGACAAGGGGGCGAGGGUCCUGGGAGAGGUGCUGACCCCUGGGCAGCCCCACCUCUUGGAGGACCCCUCCUUCAGCUCUGUGGACGAGUCUCUGAGCCGCUGCGGGAGUCUCAAGCCUCGUCUGCUUGCUGCCUUCCAGGUUACCCUGCUGACCCCUAUGAAGGAGAACGCCUGUGCUGUCGAACCCACCCUUCACCCCCAGCCCACCCUCAAACCCAAGCUCGACGGGUUUGUCAUCUUCGAGGUGGUCGGAGCUAACUGGACCAACGCUACAGACCAGCAGGCCUUUGUGGAGCUGCGAGCCCCGCCCCAGUCCAGUAUGGUGGGCUAUGUUCUGGUGGUGUUUGAACAGGGGCCCGUCCGUGCCUCCAUCUCCAUACCGCUGACCGGGGAGAGCAACAGCCUGGGCUUCUACCUGAUCGGGACCAGUGUCUCCACCAACCAGCGCCUGCCCGUGAUAUCCAAUGGCACUCCUAUACCACAAAGGGGUGCCGUGGCACUGUACCACGGCUUUCCCAGCUCAUUUCCCGUAGGGAUGCCCGCGUCGAACCGCAGUCUUGUUGAUGCCGUGGUGUUCAGUGAUGACCAGGAGCUGCUGCAGACUCUCACCCCCAGCAGCCAGCUCUACACUCCCGAGUUCAGGCCAGAGUUGGGGUUGGUCUCCCUCAGUCGCUGCUCCUGCUGUGAGCUGAGGACCCCCCAGGCUUGGACCCCUUCGAAGCCAACCCCCCAGAAUGACAGUCUGUGUCCCUCCCAAACAUUCCCCCUUGAGCUGGACCUGUGUGUGAGCAAGCAGAGGAGCAGGGGGGGCAGCGCUGAGACAGACUGUAGGCAGUGGCUGCACAGGGAAGGCAGCAGAGAGGCCAUGCGGAGUGAGGUGGCGCUGUACCUGGAGUCACACUGCCACUGCGGAUUCUCCCCAGUCCACCUGCACGAAGCCCAGUUCUCCUGCUAUGAGGGUCAGAUACGAUUAAGAGGACACAUCCUGGCACUGUCCGAGGAUCAGCGCAACAACAUAAACCAGACGUUGAAGAACACAAGUCUAAUGCAGCUCUCGGAGGGCAUGGUGGGAAUGAGCUGCCAAGAACCAGGGUCCUACAGGUCCCAGGGCUCAGAGAUGGCCCCUGGCUGGGAGAUAGCACUGGUCUUUGCUGCAUUAUUGGUUGUUGGACUGGCAGUUGCUGCAGCUUAUUACUGGUACAGGAGGAGAGCAUUCUGCUGGCUAUUGUUACGGUGGACGAAGCAGGCAGCUGGAGAUUUCAGCCUACAGAGAUUUCUGCUCAGAGAAUUGCUACUCAUGAAUUUUGUAGAUUUCUACUUGUUGUAUAAUUGUAUACUAAUCAGUGUGCACAAUCUUUCUGCAUUUUGUAUAAAUGCUCAUUCAGCAUAAUUGCUCUGGUAAACAUAAAUAAUAAUCACAAUACUUUGACAUUUUUAUUUGAUUUCCCAUUACCAUUUCAGAAAAUAUCAUCUCCACUGUUAAAAACUGAAUAAAAAUAGAAUUUUAAAGUCAAAUACACAUCGAAGUAUAGCAUAGCAAUUGAAGACUGUACUAUGUGCAAUGUAUUUUUAUUUUUGGUUGUAGUAUCUUCUUGACUGAUUUUAAAAACACUGACAGUCAAAAUGUUAGUGAUUACGUAUGCAAUGUGAAGUUUUGUUUUGUUUUGUUUUUAGCGCUACCCUUUUGCAAACGUCAUUAUUCAGUGUCUUUGUCGACUUUGAUUCGUGUUUGUAUAAUCAAGUAGGCAGUCUAAGCUUUUUGACUGUGUAGGCCCUUGAAUGUAGGACGUACAGGUGAAAAAAUGUAUUUCUUUCCUUUACUCUUAGAUUUCAAAACCUAAACCAAUCAGGGCUGAAGUAAAAUGUACACUAGUUGCUACAUCACGGUUGGAAAAAAUAUACAGUAAAAAAUGCAGCACUGGGAUAGUAAUGUUUUCCUAAUAGACCAAUACAUCACAUUUUGAUAUGUAGUAAACUAUUUGCAAUACUGUGCAGUACCGGGCCAUGCCCUCCUGCUAGUCUGCCCAGUGAGCUGUGUUUUUGGGAAGCUUUCUUGUAAACUUAAACCUUUCAGUUUAAAACCACCAUCUAGCUUAGAAGAACUAUUUUUAUACAUAUUAAUUUUUUUUUAACUUACACUAUGUAACGCAAUUUUUGUUCCUGGGUAGUAAGUGUUAUUUCCUAAUUGCU